AUGACGACCUUCUUACCAAAAAUAAAAUUUGGACUCCGCGACAUCGAUGCCAUUUUGAAUGGCGGGAUACCCUUGUCCGGCAUCACGGAGUUCUUUGGCGAAUCAGGAAGUGGAAAAACUCAGAUUGCUUUUCAUCUUGCUCUCGUCACCUUGCUACCCUUGGAGAUGGGGGGAGUUGGUUUGAAAUCGGUGUACAUUUCGACGGGACCUUGCAUUACCACAAACCGCCUACUCCAAAUGGCCCGACGUGUGUCCCAAAAUUUGUCGUUAAACGUUCCUGGUGAGGCAUUGUUGGACCACAUUUUAGUCAAGCGAGUUAUGUCAUAUGAAUACUUCCAUCAAACAAUUUUAAAGGACCUGGUUCGGCUGGUAAAGGUAAAGGACAUUGGCAGCAUCAUCAUCGAUUCUGUUGGUGCAAUUUAUCGGACAGAAACGGACUAUCAGAAGAGACAUCGGGAUAUGAAGGAGGUAAUCGAUACAUUGAAAAAGCUCUCGUAUCAUCACAACAUUGCAAUCGUAACGAUCAAUGAAGUGUCUGCUGCCGCCAAUGCAUCCAAUGGUACCGCGAAAGGAUCUGUGUUGCCUGCUUUGGGUCCUUUUUGGUCCACAUCAAUGACGUCCCAGAUUCAGGUCUCGAAAUCAGGCUUCGAGAUCGUUGAUGGAAAGUGUAGGACUUUAAGAAAAAUGAAAGUGAUCAAAGGACCAAAUUUUAAAGUAGGCGAAGAAGCUAAAUUUUAUGUAAAUUAA